GAGUGCAGCGCAUCCGCGUUUUUACGCGUGCGCCACCACCAACUUUCGGCUUCCUUUCCUCAUCUGGACCACGCUAAAGAACCAAAAUGGUGCAACGAUUGGUUCUACGACGACGAUUGUCGUACAAUACCCAGAGCAACAGACGACGCAUUGUGCGUACUCCAGGUGGUAAACUUGUUUACCAGUACCUCAAGAAACCCAAGAAGAUUCCAAGAUGUGGUCAGUGUCAUGACAAGUUGAGAGGAAUCCAACCUGCACGACCAAUGGAACGUUCGCGUAUGUGCAAACGAAAGAAGACAGUAAAACGUGUCUACGGAGGUGUCUUGUGCCACAAAUGUGUCAAAGAAAGGAUCGUCCGUGCUUUCCUUAUUGAGGAACAGAAAAUUGUCGUUAAAGUAAUCAGAGCACAACAAGCAUCCACGAAAGCUAAAAAGACCGAAAAGUAAACUGUCUUCAUUUAAUUAAUUAAUAAAAUUUGAAAAAAUAUAA